AUGGAAAAUUUACUUUCUUUAUCCCAUUUUAAACAGAAACUACCUAUUCAUUUGAUCUCUUUGAUUUUUAAAAACUUACCCGAUAACUUAACUUUCCUCCUCUCCUUAUCAAAUGAUACGUUAAUAUCCUCCAUUUCUUCCUUCCACGUCUCCAACAACCUCUUUAUUCACCACAACUACAACUUCAAAAAAAAUAUUCCAUACACACCAAUAUCCCCAAUUAAUGGCUUAAAUGAUCUUCUAACUGCCAACGAAAACUCUUUACUAAACAAAAACCACAAUAAAAACAAACUCAUUCUCAACUUGCUGGACUUUUUAAACUUAUCUCCUUUUAAUAAAGACCUACUCACCCAUUCAAACUCAAUUCACUUUAAAUUAUUCAUUCUAAAUAACUCAGACUUAACUCUUUUCCAAAAUCUUAUUAAUUUUAUCAUUUCAAUUUUAAUCAAAUACACAAACAAUCUUCAUUCUAAUCAGAAUCUUUAUUCUAAUCAGAAUCAGAAUGAUAACCAUAACAAUAACAAUAACAAUAACAAUAACAAUAACAAGUUUAUCUUGAAAAAUUUCAACUUUUUAAUCAUCACAGGCAAUGAAAUCUCCCUCUCUUCCCAUCAAAAAAUAAACUUGCUUUUAUCUUCUCUCCUAAAAAACUCCUCUUUCAACACCUUUUUCAAUUUCAACAUUUCAAAAUCUGACUGGAACUCAACCCUUCUACCAUCUCAAAAUCAUUCCUCAUACAAACUACUAAGUCUAUCCUCUAAAAACAACUUUGUCAAUUGUAACACCUUUGAACACCCACAGAAUUUGGAAAACUUGAAAAAAUUUAACAACUUGAACUUUCUAAAUCUAUCAAGCAACAAAAUAUCCUCCUCCUCCAUUUUCACCUCACUCAACUCUCUCCAGUCCCUAACAUGGCUAGACUUAUCUAACAACAACUUUCUCAACCUAAACAACAUCUCCUCCUGCUUGAAUCUACUCAACUUAAAAUACUUAUCUCUUGCCUCUAACAACACCUUCCAAAUUCACCCAAACUUUAUCCAAAACCUAUUCAACCUCCAAUCUUUAAACUUAUCCAACAACAACCUUUCUCAAUUGGAUUCCUCCUUUUUCUCAAACAACUUGUCUCUAAAAACUCUCAAUUUAUCAAACAACAACCUAACAAAAAUCAACUACCUAAACCAUCUCUCUCAAUUGACCACCCUCGAUCUAUCAAACAACAAAAUCUCCUCCAUUUUCAAAAAUUCCUUCUCCCACUUGAUCAAUUUAUCUCAUCUAGAUUUGUCCCACAACAGAAUCGAAUUCAUCAACGGUCUCAAACCACUCAAUAACUUGCGUUCUCUAAACCUAUCAAACAACUAUAUCGAUAAAAUCCAAAAUCUCUCUGACUUGUCAGUUCUAUCAGAUCUCGACUUGUCCUCAAACAGAAUUUCAAGAAUUCAAAAUAUCAACCACUUGCUCAAUCUAAACUACCUCAGAUUGGGCUACAACACAAACAUCAAAAAAAUCGAAGGCUUGAAUCAUCUAUCAAACCUACAUCACUUGAAUUUAAUUGGCGUCCAAAUUGUCGAUAUCGAUAACCAAAUCCUACAAUCUGACUCUCCUCUAAACUUUAGCAUUGUCAUGUCUAGCCCAACUUAUAUCCAACUCGAAGAUGAAUCAAAAAUUAAACAAAUGAAAAGCUCAAAAAUGAGCUUUACUUAUCUAAUGUUUUAUUUCAACUUUUAA